AUGGCCUGUGGUUGGACGAAGGCAGAAGCCAUUGUCACGGAUGUGCUUGCUCCUGCCUUUGUCGAAGAUUGCUUGAAAGUCCUCAAAAGACCACUGAAUGAGCAACGAGAGGCCACAAACAAAGAGGACCAGUGCCCAAAGUCAUUAUGGCGGCUGUUCAAGGAUGACCAGGAUGGUGAGGGCAACCCCCUUGAUCUACAGGUUUACCUGUCCUUCCUCAGCAAUGCGCUCAAGAUUUUCCACGACACUGUGCUGGUGCUGGAGCGAGAAGAUGGUACUGUCUGUGAGCUCUACGAUAUGAUGUUCACCCUAAAAACCAAGCUACACCAACAACAGAGUGAUGGUUUCUUAGGAGCCCAGACGGGUGUACUCCUCCAGCAGUUUCCAGACAGACAGGCAGCUGUGCUCAGAGAGGACAUGUGCAAUUUCUACCAGUCCUCUCUCACCUACUUGGAGCAGCGCUAUGACUUCUCAGACUCCAACUACCAGAAGAAAGUGGCUAGCCACUAG